CUCACACUAAAGUAAACUCAAAUCAUCCCGGCCAAGGCCAAAAGACACUUACAGGAGAAUGACCCUGCAACCAGUAACUCCAGUGAACUGUGCCGGCCUCCUUCAGCCUGGCUGCUCUCUGCUGCAGCUGGACAGGGAAGUUCUUCUGUUUGGCCAGAAGGGUUGGCCCAAGCGCUCAUGUCCAACGGGGGUGUUUGGGAUUCGACUUAAAAAUGGUGAGAUGAAGCUGAGGGCCAUCUCCUUCUCCAAUGAAUCCUGUUACCUGCCUCCACUGCGUUGUCCAGCUGUCUGUCGCCUUGACCCCUACGAUGGGCUCCCUGAGAGCUACCUCAUCCAUGGGGGACGCACACCAAAUAACGAGAUCUCCUCCAGCCUGUACUUGCUAACCAUGGAUAGCCGUGGCUGCAAUCGUAAGCUGACCCUGUGCUGCAAAGAGAAAGAAAUGGUGGGAGAGUUGCCAGGGGCCCGAUAUGGUCACACAAUGAGCAUGGUUCAAAGCAACGGGAAGACAGCUUGUGUAGUUUUUGGUGGUAGAUCCAACAUGCCUACAGGAGAGCGCACCUCGGAGAGCUGGAACAGCGUUGUUGACUGUCCUCCUCAGGUGUUCCUGUUUGACUUGGAGUUUGGUUGCUCCUCUGCUCAUUCCUUACCUGAGCUCAGUGAUGGACAGUCCUUUCAUUUGGCUUUAGCACGAGAAGACUGUAUCUACUUCCUCGGUGGUCACUCCAUUACAUCUGAUUCCCGCCCCCCACGACUUUUCCGCCUGCGUGUUGAACUCCUACAGGGCAGCCCACUGCUCUCCUGUGAGACUCUACACACAGGCAUAUCCAUCUCUAGUGCCAUAAUGACCCGCACUGGUCCCUCUCAUAGAUACAUCAUCUUAGGUGGGUAUAAGUCUGACUCUCAGAAGAGGAUGGAAUGCAGCAUGGUGAUUCUGGAUGAAAAGGGGAUUCACAUAGAGCCCUUGGAGCCACCUAAGUGGACCCAAGAUGUUGUCCAAAGUCGCACUUGGUUUGGUGGCAGUGCUGGGGAAGGAAACAUCCUGUUUGCUGUACCUACAGAGGGAAGGCCAUCACAGCCAGAUAUGCAUUACUUCUAUCAUGUGAGCUUCCAGACGGAGGGAGACGGCAAAGACGAAGAAGGAAUGCAGGGAUGUAGCCAAGAGUCGACAGAAUACGAUGACUCUCCUCCUUUGGAAGACUCUGAGGAGCUCUACUUUGGUCGUGAGCCUCAUGAGCUGGAAGACAGCAGUGACGGGGAAGAAUAUACCUACAAUGAGGGUGAUGAGGAGGACGAAUCACAAACAGGCUACUGGAUCAAAUGCAGUCUUGAAUGCCAUUUGGAUCCCAACACAUGGGAGCCGUACUACUCCACUGAGCUCCACAGGCCGGCAAUGAUCUUCUGCUCCAAAGGGGAGGGGGGACACUGGGUUCACGCUCAGUGCAUGGAGCUGUCAGAAACCCUGCUGCUCAAGCUCUCUCAAGGCAGCAAGAAGUACUUCUGUCUGGAUCAUGGAGGUCUGCCCUACCAGGAAAUGACCCCACCGCGACAGAUAACUCCUCUGAAGCGGACCCCCCUGAAGGUUAAGGACAGGAAGACUCCUCCAACAAUCAAGAUGUCCCCGGCAAAGAAAAGCUUUUUCAGAAGGCUCUUUGACUGAAUCCAGUUCAAUGACAAUGAUUUGUUUGCAUGCUCAGUGUUAAGAAAGAUGUAUAAUGUGUCAAUGAUGAGCAUCACUUGUGUAACUUAGAAAAUAAAAGGAUGAAAAAUGA